UUUUAGCAUUUCUAUUAAAAAUAAAAAGAAAAGAGUGAUGAAUGCUAGAUCUUUAACAUUUGAGUUUACAACUGAGCUUAAUCAAAUAGAAGAGGUUGUCUGUAGCAUAUUUCAUACUUUGUUGUUCCAUAGAACUACAGGAAAGUUUCAUUAUCAAGAAGAAGGAUCUUACACUAUAGGUACUAUAGGUUUUACUGAUGUUGAUUGCCAGUAUAUAGACUUGACUUAUGUGAGAUGUUCUAGUGAGCAACUUGAUAAAAAUAUACAGUUACAAGCACGCCAGUUCAAAGAACUUUUGCGAACUAUGGAUGGUCUUAAAAGUGGUCAAAUAUCUUUAGAAUUUUAUCAACGACGUAAAAAUCCCUGGCCCUUUCCUACAGAAGCUGUACCGUGGGAGUUAUGGAUAUUGAAGUUUUCUGUUUUGUCUCUUAAUAAUGAAAGUGAUAGAAACAAAUUGCGUGAAAAAUUAACUGACAAUGUCUGUGAAAAAAUCAAAUCAAUAUGUGAAAUAGUGAAUCAACCUGAGUAUAUUCCAAAAAUGCCAAAUGAGUCAGAUCUUUCAUUUGUAUUUGAUGACCAGUUAAGUGAUAUUCAGCCGUAUUUGCAUAGAAUAGUAUUUCAAAGAUCAGAGUAUACUCCGGAAAUGACUGUUGGAGGCACGAUGAGAAAGAUUUUCAAAGACACAUUCAGUUAUUAAAUAUUUUCAGAUUCUUUAGUAUUUCUCUUUUAUGGGUUGUUUAUUAAACUACAGCGAAAGUUAAACUGCUUAAAAUUUAUUUAUAAAGUAUAAAUUAUCUUGAUAUUAAGUUGUAAAUAAUAUAUUUAUUGUUUAAAUGUUUUAAAAACGUUUUGCAAAAGCAAUAUAAAGAUGGAAAAAAAUACGAAAUUGUAUACCUUUAUAUUUAUAUUAUUUGACAAAAAAAAAGUU